AUGAGAUGCUUGCAGCGGCAAGCAGGGCUGCUGGCGACUAGCUGUGAGCUAGCAGCACACGGGUGGAAGAUAGCUUGUGCAGCCACACUCGCAGUGCGUGUGCAUGAAGUCACCUGUCUUCUAAGCCAACACUCCCGACCUCAGCAACACUCAUCAGGGCUCUGUGACCAAGCUGUAGGACCUCUCUUGCCCGUGUGUGGCUUGCCUCUUCAUUCAGUAAGACUGGCACCAGCAGAGAUGCAGACACAGAGGGUCCCAGGGAGGAAGCGUGGCCGGCCUCCACUUCACUCCACACGGGUGCAGAUGGCAGUUCAUAACCUUUAUUCUGCUUCAUCUGCCUCUGUGCCAGCAGUGACAAUCCCAAAGAAGAGAGGACGGAAACCCAGGUACAAGAUUAGGUCUCCGGUGCCCAUGACUCCCUUGGCCCUGUCACCUCCAAGGAGUACCCCAGAACCCGACCUCAGCUCCAUCCCUCAGGAUGCAGCCACUGUCCCCAGCUUGGUGGUCCCACAGGCUCUCACAGUGUGCCUCUACAUUAACAAACAGGCCGAUGCAGGGCCUUACCUGGAGAGGAGGAAGUUGCAGCAGCUUCCGGAGCGCCUGGGGCCAGAGCGGCCUGCGGCUGUCCUGCAGCAGGCGGUGCAAGCAUGUAUCGACUGUGCGCACCAGCCGAGGCUGGUCUUCUCCCUUGUCAAGCAGGGAUACCGUGGUGAGCUGGUGUCAGUCUCUGCUUCCUUUGAUGGAAAGCAGCACCUGAGGAGUCUGCCUGUGGUGAACAGUGUGGGCUACGUCCUCCGCUUCCUGACCAAACUGUGCCGCAGCCUCCUGUGUGACAACCUCUUCAGCCACCUGCCUUUUCCCGGGAGCAACGGUGCCUCUGAGAAGGCCCAGGAGAGAGAAGAUGGGAGGACUGAGUCAGCCAAGGUAGCCACUGCUGAAGAGUGUCUGGUAAACGCAGUGGGCAUGAACCGCUACACCGUAGAUGCCUCCUCCGCUGCCUUCAGCCACAGGGGAUCCGUGACCCACUCUUCCUCACUGUACUACAAGAGGCCAAGCUCUGGAGACAGCCACCUUGCUGGAGGCCCUGCCACCACCACCAGUGGUUCCCGUACCAACCCUGUGCCCUCUGGAGGUUCAUCCACACCUGGACUGAGGCUCCUGGCCUCCAGCCCCAAGGGGAACGGAACAGCCAUGGAAGGAAACAGAUGUGCCCCGAGCCCCUCUCCAGAGGGGCAGGAUACCAGACGACCAAGCAGCAGAAACCCUUCUACCUGGACUGUGGAGGACGUGGUCCGGUGGGUGAAGGAUGCUGAUCCCCAGGCCCUGGGGCCUCAUGUGGAGCUCUUCAGAAAGCAUGAGAUUGACGGCAAUGCCCUGUUGUUGCUGAGGAGUGACAUGGUCAUGAAAUACCUGGGACUGAAGCUGGGACCCGCGCUGAAACUCUGCUAUCACAUUGACAAACUGAAGCAAGCUAAGUUCUAA